AUGAUAGACUAUAGCGUGGUGCCUGGCACCGGGUACUUGAUUGAUGAAAGUAAGACCAAGAAAGAUAUUAUUCUUAUUCCCACACCUUCCGAUGACCCAAACGACCCGUUGAACUGGUCUCGAGGAAGAAAGAACCUUCAUAUGUUCUGUAUUGUUCUUUACACUUUUGCCCUUGGAGUUCCAGGUACAUGUAUUUAUUCCAUUUUGCCUGAAAUAUCCAAGGGCACUGGUAUCAGUUUGGCGAAUCUCAAUGCUGGCACUGGGUACGCUUUCUUGUUCAUGGGUCUUGGAAAUAUCUUCUUUCAGCCUUUGGCGUUGCAAAUUGGAAAGAGACCCGUGUAUCUUAUUUCUUGUCUUGGAGGAGGCAUGUUUAAUUUAUGGCAGCCAUGGGUUACUUCCAAUGGAGAGUGGAUUGCCUCGAAGAUCCUUGCUGGUUUAUUCACUUCGCCUAUUGAAGCUUUACCUGAGCUUUCCAUUUCUGAGUUGUACUUUGAGCAUGAAAGAGCAACGUAUAUGGGUAUUUAUGCUGUUUCGCUUUAUGCCUCAAACUAUAUUGCUCCUUUGGUAGCUGGGUUUAUUAACCAGAACUCUGCAGACACUGAUGUUGGAGGCUGGAGAUGGGUUAUUUUCUGGUCGAUUAUUUUUGCUUGCACCAGUUUUGUAUUUCUCUUCUUUUUUAUGGAAGAAACGACUUAUGAAAGGAAACUCAAGGUUGCAAAAAACGCUUCUGGAACAUUAGCGGUGGUGACUUCUGGAGGCCAAUGGGAAAAGACCCAUACGGUGGUGACAGUCAAUUCUGGUUCCCUGAGCUCGGAUAGAGAACAGCUUACAGCCAUCACUAACGUUGGUAACCAGGCAGAAUUAGUUUCUGUAGAUAACGCUUUGGAGUAUAGCCCUCCCAAGACGUUCAUCCAGAAACUCUCAGUGACGUCUGCAAUCCAGAAGAAGUUCCUUAUGUGGCAGUUCAUUAAAACCACUUUCCUUAUGUUUCGUUUUCCAAUAGUCCUUUGGGGUGGCUUCCUCUAUGGCUCAACCCUUAUUUGGUACACUGUACUUAAUGCUACAGAAGCAAUGGUACUCAGUGCUCCACCAUAUAACUUCUCCAGUGCUAUGUGUGGGCUAGCGUACAUUUCACCUUGCAUCUUCACAGUUCUUUUAUACUUCUACGCCGGCUGGGUCGUCGAUUGGUUAAAGGUGAAGAUCGCCAGGAAGAGAGGCGGUGUGUCUGAAGCAGAAGACCGUCUAUGGGCUUUAAUUCUUUAUAUGAUCUUGGGACCUAGUUCCCUAAUUCUUUGGGGCGUAGGUGCCUACCAUGGCAUUCACUGGAUAGGUGUUAUUAUUGGCUUUGGUAUCACUGCUGGUUUGUGUAUCAUUGGCUGUGUUAAUGCAAUAACUUAUGUGGUUGACUGUUAUCAUGAAAUAUCUGGAGAAGCCAUCAGUGCUGUUGUGGUGAUAAGAAACCUCAUGAGCUUUGCAGUGAGUUACGGUAUCACGCCGUGGGUCCAGAAUACUGGAUUGCAGAAUACCUUUAUUGCAUCUGCUUUUAUCUGCCUUUUCUGUCUUGGAACAUUCCUCAUCAUGAUGGCUACAGGUAAGUAUUGGAGAGCCAAGACAGGCCCCAUGUUUUGGAGAAUGGUAGAAGAGCGGAGAGCACAUGGAAUCUACCAUUAG